CCUAAUCCUGCCUUACUCCUUUUCAUCCCUGACCUAUCCCUGUGCCUGGACCGUUCUCCCUCUGCAGCCCCCAGCUUCAGCCUCAUCCUCGCCCCAUAUCAGCUGAGCUAAAAAAAGCAAACAACAAUGUCCGCCAGCGAACGUUUUGACUGCCAUUACUGCAAAGACUCCCUGCUGGGGAAGAAGUACAUAAUGAAAGAGGACACGCAGUACUGCACUAAGUGCUAUGAGAACCUGUUCGCUAACUGCUGUGAGGGAUGCUCUUUACCAAUUGGCUGUAACUGCAAGGACCUGUCCUACAAGGAUCGCCACUGGCACGAGCAGUGCUUCAAGUGUGCCAAGUGUAGCCGCUCUCUGGCGGAAAAGGCCUUUGCCGCCAAGGAUGAUUUGCUGCUCUGCACUGAAUGCCAUGCCCAUGAUUAUUCCUCCAAGUGUACCACGUGCAAGAAAACCAUUAUGCCAGGUUCCCGCAAAAUGGAAUACAAGGGGAACAGCUGGCAUGAGACCUGCUUCCUGUGCCACCGCUGCCAGCAGCCAAUAGGAACCAAAUCCUUCAUCCCCAAAGACACUGGCUACUUCUGUGUGCCCUGCUUCGAGAAGCAGUUUGCCUACCAGUGCUGUGCUUGUAAGAAGGCCAUCACAACAGGUGGAGUGACCUACCAAGACAAGCCCUGGCACCGCGAGUGCUUCAUAUGCAUCAGUUGUAGAAAGCAGCUGUCGGGUCAGCGCUUCACCUCCAGGGAAGACUACCCCUACUGCCUCGAAUGCUUCAGCAACCUGUAUGCCAAGAAGUGUGUGGGCUGCACCAAGCCCAUCACCAGUUUGGCAGGGGCAAAGUACAUCUCUUUUGAGGAGCGCCAGUGGCACAGCGAGUGUUUCACCUGCGUGCAGUGCUCCAUGUCGCUGGUGGGGCGCGGCUUCCUCACCCAGCGCGACAACAUCUUGUGCACUGACUGUGGCAGGGAGAAGUGACCUUUUCCUUGAAGGGUCAAACCUUAAUCCAAAUAACAACGGGGGUUUGUAUUCUGAAGCAAAUACUGUAGAUUCAUGAAUAUUUCUUCUUAGCAUGUCUGAUGCAUUAACAGACUCUGAAUGUCAAACGCUUAUUUUGGUAUAAUAAAACACCAUUAGUUCUCUCACACUGCCCACACACACACACACACACACACACACACACACACACACACACACACACACACACACACACACACACACACACACACACAC